AUGGACACCUUUUCCAUGUUCAAUGGUUUAGUGUUUCUCAUCCACUUGUUCUUGAAAUUAUAUUGUUGUACAGCACUUGAUUUCAUGACUCCUGCACAGCCGAUCUCAGAUGGACAAAUUUUAGUUUCCUCCGGACAGAGCUUUGAGUUAGGCUUCUUUUCUCCUAGCACCUCCAAGAACAGGUAUGUAGGAAUAUGGUACAAGACUACACCUGAUGUUGUUGUCUGGGUUGCAAACAGAAAUAACCCUCUUACUGAUUCAUCUGGUCAAUUCACCAUCACCAACAAUGGAAGUCUUCUUCUUCUCAACCGAACUGGGAGCAUCAUUUGGUCCUCGAAUACAUCAUUCAUGGAAACAACAAAAAACCCAGUUGCUCAGCUUUUGGAGUCAGGGAAUCCUGUAGUUGGAAGCAGAGAUAGCCUAAACUCAAAGAUAUAUGCAUGGCAGAGCUUUGAUUAUCCAUCAGACAACUUAUUAGCAGGCAUGAAGCUGGGAUGGGAAUUGAAAACAGGUCUGGAACGAUAUGUGACAUGGAAAAGUUCUAAUGACCCAUCAGUUGGUGACUUUACUUACCGGUUGAACAUCACUGGGAUACCUCAGACCAUAAUGGCGCAAGGAUCAACCAGAAAGAUUCUGUCUGGUCUUUGGAAUGGAGUUGAAUUUCGCGGUUUGGUUGUGUUGUGA